GGGACACACAUAUCCGGACCGUGCCAGGACCGAGACACGGCCGGGUGGCGCUCGUCCCUCGGUACGUUUGUCUUCAAGCCACACUCUUCCGGGUCUCGCCAGUGUUCCGUUCGUUUCCAUUGCUGUGACAUUGAAAUAUCUGUCGUCUUAUUUUUUUUUUUAAUAGUUAAAAUGUUUAGUAGUUUUCGAAAUAGUGACUUGGGCAUGAUAGCCCUUGCUUUAGAGGAGGAAGAGAAUGAAACAAGAAUGAGAAAUCCAAGUAACAGAAAUAUAUGGGUUCACAGUGCAUGGAAGACAAGAUGAUGAGACAAAAUUUUACGAGUAUUUCAGGAUGACACAGUUUACAUUCCAUCAACUACUAAACAAACUUGAAGCAGAAUUGAAAAAAAAUGAUACUUUUUGGAGACCAUCAAUUUCUCCCACACAACGCCUGGCUGUAUUUUUAAGAUUCCUUGCUACAGGAGAUUCUUUCAAAACCAUUUCCUUUAGCUACAGGCUGGGAAAAUCAACAGUUGCAUCCAUUAUCCAUGACACCUCUAAAGCAAUAAUCAAUGUUUUGUUAGAUGAGGUUAUGCCUGUACCGAAAGAAAAUGAAUGGAAUGCUAUAGCGCAAGAAUUUUGGAGAAAAUGGCAGUUUCCAAAUUGCAUCGGGGCAGAUGGGAAGCAUGUUGUAAUACAAGCUCCAAAAAACUCAGGAAGUCUUUAUUGGAAUUACAAGAAGACAUAUUCUAUUGUGCUGCUGGCCCUUGUUGAUCCGUGCUACAACUUUAUUGCAGUAGAUCUGGGAGCAUAUGGGAAAAACUCAGAUGGAGGUAUUUUGGCAAACUCAAAUCUUGGAAAGUCAUUAGAAAAUAACAAACUUAAUGUACCAAAAAUUAAAGCAUUACCUAACACUAAUAUUGAACUUCCAAUGGUAAUUGUUGGCGAUGAAGCUUUUCCUCUGAAAAGAUAUUUAAUGAGACCUUAUCCAGGAAGGGGCUUGACAAAUGACAAAGCUAUUUUUAAUUAUCGUUUGAGUCGGGCAAAAAGAAUAUCGGAAAAUGCUUUUGGUAUCCUGCAACAGAAAUUUAGAAUAUUUAAUAGAACCCUCCAAGGAGAUCCUGGAAAUCUAACAAACAUCGUUAUGACUGCAUGUAUUUUGUACAACUUUAUUCGAAAAAUCGAAGGUUAUAAGGUUUCUGAACAGGUGUUGAACGAAAGUGAAGCAGAUAGAAAAUCUGACAGAUAUUCAAAUCUUCAAAACCUACCUCGGCUUCGUGGUAGAUCUACAGAUGCUGCAUUUGAUGUGCGAGAGCAACUGAAAACCUUUUUGAAUUCACCAGAAGGGAGUGUAGAAUGGCAAGAGGAGGUAGCGUUGAGACUUUAAUUACACAACCGUACUUUGUUUUUUUUUGUAAAAUUAAAAAUUAAGUAGUAUUAAGUAAAACUAGGAUAUCUACCUACUUAUAUAAUAAAAGUGAAUUGGCUA